AUGGAACGCGGGAAGGGCAACCCGUUGAUUCUAUUCACAUUAUGCUUGAGUCUCAAAUCUUCUUCAGCGCUCCCCAUCGGCUUUCUAUUACUAUUAGUAUCCUCUACCACGGAUUAUUCACCAACUGGAAGCUUUAUCUCUCCAAACUUACAUUCACAAGAGCGCCUAGACGGCGUCGUCGACGUCACCUACCUAGGGCAAUCAUAUUUUGAACCGGAAGCAGUGGACGCUCUUACAGUGGCUGUCGUGGGUCACGAUGGAGAAACGUUGAAGGAAAGAAUCGAUCGCACCCUGGAGGAACGGUUGAGCCGUCCCUCGAAAUGA